AUGCCCGAUGGGCUUGAAUUCCCUCUUAGUAAGACACAGGUUUAUUGGGUUAUGGGUAUUCCGGCGGGGCCGAAGAUUGUACCAUUCUACGGUGAUGAUGAUGUGUGUUCUGAUGAGGUAAAGAGGUUUUUUGAUGUAUAUGGGUAUACUAGUCGUUCUGGCUUUUUUGAUGAUGGCUUAAAUGAUCUGAUAUGCCCUACGACAUGUCAGAGAUUGGCUGUGAGUAUGUUGUAUGCUGCAUUUGUAGCAGAGAGAGCUCAUGAGUAUGAUUGGUGUAGUUUGUUACUGGAUCAUCUCAUGAAUGCGAUAGGUGGAUUUUCAAAAAGAUUCUACCUUGAUGGAUUUGCUAAGGGGUGUGGUGGGUGCACUAUGUUCUUAGCGAUUCUAUAUCUUGAUCGGUUGCGCCGACCACCAUUGAUGUGGGGCGCUUUUCCAAGGAUACGGGCGUGGAGUACCGUAGAUGUGAACAAGGUGAAGAAGGAAGAUUUGUUGGCCACUGGUGAUUAUGGCAAGCUUGGGGGUAUUGAUGUCGCUUAUGGGGGAAGACAUCCUCUGGAGGCUCGGGAUGUCAUGCCAACAGUAGAAGAUAUUGAGGAAAUGAGUCGUUGUAGUGCUGGCAUUAGCACGAAGAGUACGAAGAGUAAAAGAAGGAGAAUGAAGAAGAAAUCUCCAGUGCACGAAGAUCCAGUGCAUGAAGAUCGAGUGCAUGAAGAUCGAGUGCAUGAAGGUCCAGUGCAUGGUCCAGUGCAUGAAGGUGUAGUGCAUGAAGAAGUUGCUGAGCAGCGGCCGGAGUUGGAAAACGAGACGGGCCCCAAUGAUGGCUUAGGAGAAAAUGAAACAUUGCAUCUUCGUGAAGUAAUUCAUGUUAUUGGUCAGAAUAAUAAUUUCGGUCAGGAUGACCCAGUUUGUGGAAGUCAAGAGGAGGGGUCAAAAUACUGUUGGGAAGGUUGCAUUGGUGAAAUGUUUGUGAAUAAUGUUGUUGGUGGCAGUGGCAGCAAUAGUAUUGAAGCUAUAGGUGAGGAGGUUGGUGGAAAUGGUUCUCGAGGUAUAGGUGAGCAGCAGAUACGAGUACUCCAGGAUGGUAUAAGAGAUGUAGAUAAAGUUGUAUCGUCUUAUGCGAAGCAAAUGGUUGGAACUUCUUGGAAAAGGAUAGUACACGUAUUUGUUCCGGUUCUUGAGAAUAAGCAUUGGUGGUGCGCUGCUUACUCUCCAAAUAGGGGAGAAGUGUUGGUGAUGGAUUCAUUGGAGCCAAAGAAGGCACCGGAUUGCCAUCAUUUCAGCCUCACAACAUUGGUAAAGUACCAUUGA